UAGUGGAUGUGAUGAGGAAAUCUACAGCUCGAGUGGUGAUUGUGUUUGGACAUGAGAGUCAUAUGGUUAACCUCAUGAAAGAGGUGGUGAGGCAGAAUGUGACAGGCCUGCAGUGGAUGGCCAGUGAAGCCUGGACAACAGGCCCUUUACUCCAGACUCCUAACCUCAUGCCGUACCUGGGUGGAACACUAGGCAUUGCCAUCCGUCAAGGAGAAAUACCAGGGCUCAGGGACUUCCUGUUACAAAUAAGCCCUGAUCUAGAUCACAACAACACAGAUGGAAACAGCAUGGUGAGAGUUACCCUCUGACUUUUUGUUUGUGAGAAUAGUACACUGGCAUGAAUUAAAAAACGUAAUUAACUUCCAGGUGAAUCAGAUUUGGGAACACGCAUUUCAGUGUAGAUUUGCACCACCUCCAGCAGGUUGGGUGGAAGCUG